AUGCUUGCUCUUGAGAUUAAACUCGUCGUUAUCCUGGGCGUCCUCAGUGGCGAGGCUGCUGGUCAGUCCACUCUCGUGGAAUGCGACUCUGGCAAGAUCGCACUCACGUCAGUCCCGUUUAUGAAGACGCCAGCGGCGGACGCUUGCGGCGCCAACGCCUUGGGCGGCAAGUCCAUCCGCAGCAUCUUCGAGUCCACCGUGACUCCCCCCGACACCAUUGCCACGAUGGUGAACACCCCUAGUUGCCAAACGUGGUGGUCUGAUCUGUCGGCGCCGUUUGCAUUGUUCAAGCCGUGCACGUACCUCGGUAUGUCGAUUCAAGACUUUUCAAAUAUGCCACUGCAAGCGUUUUUGGAAGCCAACAACCAGGAGAUCCUCCUGAGCGUUGGCCCAAACCAACCAGCGGACACGAGUCCCAUGGAAAUUGAUGACAAAGGAAGUGCUGCUCCCCCGUCACCUGUAGCCACGGCGGCACUGCUGCGGUCCUCACUCAAACCACCACCACGCCUGCCACCCAAGAGAGUGAUUCAGUCCCCCACGCUCUAG